AGAACGAGUCUCGCGUCCAAUCAAAAAAGACUUCAAUUUUAAAUGAGAAACGUUAGUUCCUGUUCCCAGAAACCCACAACAAACAACAGAACUUACCCCAGCCGCGAGGUCGGGCUCCGGGUUACACGACGCGCGCUUCCAGCCAACCUACGCAACGCCGUUUGAGCUCCAACUGUCAACAGCUGUUUCAUGGGAACCCAGGAGGGAGAGAGAGAUUGGGUCGAUGUGGCAAAUGAUCUACUCAGCAAGUGUCCCAUAAAGCUCAGGCUGAGGAAACUGACAGACUGUAAUGCAAAUGUCUUCAUCGCUCUGUAUGAAAACAUCUUGGGGGAGAAAGUUCCUGAUUACAUUGCUGUGCCAUGCAGUCAAGAGGAUAACGUGCACAACGUUCAGUCUGUGAUUGAUUCACUUUCCCUGGAUUACCUCCAGAUCAGUCUCUCACACAUUACAGGAGAAAAUGUCGUCAGGGGUGACAAAGAUUCCAUCAAGAACCUCCUGGAAAUCUUUGAUGGCCUCCUGGAAUAUCUCAAGGAGGAGAUAAGCGAGGAGUCACAGAACGGUGAAGAGCUGAAUGACGAUGUGCCCGAUGAAACCAAGGAGCCCCUAAGCUGCAAUGCCACACAACAAAAGGGGCCUAAACUGGAUGGAGAGUCUUUGUCUUCCAGUGGAGAGUCCGCUGUCCAUUCCAGUAGAGAUUCGCUCCAUACCUGGAAUGCUGAGGAGACGGGAUCCACCAGUGAGCUCAUUGGGCUGGGAGUCUCAGCGCGCACAUUCACCGCCAAACCAGAGGGUAAGACACCUGUGGUAACUAUCAAUGGGCUGGCCGUGCCAGACGCAGUCCCCCUCUCUGGUCCUCUGGAGGCUCCACUGACUGACCCGCUGCCCUCAGCCAUCGCCCUGCAGCCUCCCUCUCAGAGCCACACCCCCCACCGACCCGUCGCAGACCCGCACUCUGCUGCCCUCACACAAGGCCCGGGAGAAGAGGGAGUCGCGCCUGUCUCUACAGAGAGCUCUAAAGUACCCGCUGAGACCGUUGUGACCAAUGGACUACAAUCACCUCCACAGUCUCCAGGUGCGAGGGAGAAGUCAUUGUCCAGUCUGCAAAGAGCGGGCACAGAAGUACUGGGGGAAAAACUAGAGCCGACCGACAGGGGUCCCAGGAGGGUUUUAUUCCGCACCAAGCCAGAUGUGCUCUUCCUCACUCUGCAUAAUGAGAGGACGGUCACACCCCCUUCUCUGCCAGACACCGAGGAGGAGGAGGAGGAGGAGGAGGAGCCAGAUGAGGAGUAUCGUGGUUAUUCACUAAAACAACCCGACCGCAGGAUUAACCACGGGCUCGAGGCAGGCGUCAGAGGCGUGUUGGAGGAGCCUCUGUCGUAUCGCAGACAACAAAACAAGCAAGCAGAGGAGGAGCUGCAACACAUAUCUGAAAACCUUUCCCAUCGACUUGAGGAACUCGAUCAGAUGCUCAAACGAGUUCUGAGGGAAACCGGAGAGUCUGGUGAAGUCAGAGAAGAAGACAAGCAGUCCCACCACAGUGACAGCAUCAUGGAGUGUGGCAGGACUCCCAGGCAACACACGGAAACGGCCGACGGCGAAGCCACUCACCGGACACGCUCCUUAUCCCCCUCGCCUCCGCGGGCCCGUCGCUCCCUGCACGGACAGUUAGACGACGCCGUGGGAGAGGCCUCGAGUCUGGAUAGUGGGAGACAAACCAACCUUGCAGCUCCUGAUCUUUCAAAGCGAGCAGAGCUACGCCACAGACCGUCUCACAGGAAUCAUAGGAAGGAAAUAUUUCUCUUUCGGUAUGUGGAGAAUGAGGCCUAUGAGGAGGAGCUGAAAAGAUAUGAAGACAAAGAACGGGCCGAUCUGGACAAGGCUCGCCUGAAAGCUCAACAAGCCGAGCGCCAGUACCGGGAGGCUAUACUAAAAGAUGUUUCCGAAGAAGCCGGACUGUCGCCAGCAAGAACGCAGGCCCAGCGUCAUGACGCACAAACCACAACAGGACGGAGAUUGGCCCCGAGGAAAACGUCUUCAAUGAAGGUGAACGAGAAUGAACUCCUUCCUGUGCUCCUUGAGGAGUUGCCCCAUCUUCACAUCUCCCCCCGCGCCUUGGCUCGGAUGUGGGAGCAGCAGAUGCAGCAGGUGGACCGACUCCAUGCCCUGUCAUCCCCUCACAGCCAGCGUCGAAGCAAACUCUCAAGUCAGGUGGAAGAAGCCCAGAAGAAACAUGACCUGCUGGUGGAGAUUCUACGUAAAGACAAGGACCACAAAAGGCGUCUGAGGGAUUUCAAAGAGCGCAUCCAACAGCAGAAAUCAACCCAGAACCGACUGAGGGAACAGAGGCAGCAGGUAGCCCGAGCCAAGAAGUAUCACAGCGACUACCACGUCCAGCACCGCGCCCGCCUGAUGAGGGCACGCACCAAGGAGGAGAGGAUGUUUCGGCAGUUGUUUGAGGAGGGCUUGGAGCUACAGAAGGUGCGGUUGAGAGAGCAGAAGGCCAACGCAAAGGAGCAGCGGCUGGAACACCAGAGACGACACCAGAACCAGAUCAAGUCCAUGGAAAACUACUAUAAAGACCAAUUUUCACUACUCGCGGAAAAACUUUCUCAAGAGCGGCAGGAGAUCCAGGUCCGGAAAAAAGCUCAAGAAAAGGCGCUGCUGAAGAUGAAGCGGCAGCUGCGCUGCAGGAUGGAGCGUGAAAUCGGUGAACUGCAGAAGAUCAUCGUCCAGAACGACGAGGAUGACCACUUCCAGGAGCUGGAGGUCCAGACGCUGCGCAGUCGGGUCCAGAUGGCUUCCUUCCAGUACGACACCAGCUAUCUGCACUGACCAAGCGGGCGACACGCAGGGCUGUUUUAAGCUCCGCUUGAUAUGCAUCACAGGCACAUGCUGCAAAAGACUCGUUUCUGCUUUUCACAACUAUGGGUACGACUGUCUGGCCCUCGGCGAUUUGCACAAGUCCUGACGGUUGUUAAUUAACUGAAAACACUCCACAAUGUGUAGCUAAAAUCCUCCCACCGCAGCUGCUAUACAAGAACUGAACGACCUCAUGGACCGAGUCCUCUUCUUCCAUAAGUGUUACUACUUGAUAACGAAGAAUGUUUGAAAUGGUUCCCUCACUGUGCUGAUAUCGUAGCAAACAACUUGUAAAAUGUUCUCCUUUGCCAAAUAGGGACUACAGGUGCAAACCUAAGCAUGAAUGUUCCACAUUGAUGUAUUUUUAACUCUAUUUUCCCACCUUGUGUGCAAUGUCUCUUUUGUGAUUUAACUAUGCCAGUGAAUUAUUUAUAUUUUAGGCUUUUAUGUUUGAUUUUUCAGUAGUCUGGUGUCAUGCUGUCCGAUCCCCAGGGGUGAUGGUAAUCAAGUCUUUUGUGAUUGUUUUAACUGAUGCAAAAGACUGUUAAAACACUGUCCACUAAUGACUAAUCUAAUGAGCACACAAAGCCCCUUCAUCAUCAUCAUCAUCCAUAAAAUGUGUGGGAUCAUAAACUAGUGCCUGGAAUGACUUAAGUAAUUUGCAUUAUUACCGUUUGAGUAUGCUAAUACAAUAAACCAAAGUAUCAUAAUCAUAACGUUAGUGAACAAUUAGGCUUUUCUGCAGAAUGACUAAUCAGAUGAAGCCCUGUGUAGUUACACCUUUACUUUAGCGCUUACUUUCUGAAAUUACGCUAAAAAAGGUGCUGUGAUUGUGAUGUCUUACACGUCAAAGUUCACACCUGGGAUCAACAUGUUAUCUGAACCAGGAUACUGAAACCCCAACUACAAGUCUUUGUAUUUACGUAUUAAUAACAAUUAUCAGAUCUCAAAAUGGAAAUUGGGUAAAUAUCACUUACUGGCAACUCCUAUAAAUAUGUAUUUUUGUAGGUUGAGGAUGUGGACCUGUCAACCUAAUUGGCAGUAUUUCAAUAAGCUUAUGAUCAAUCUACACCUAAAACAGUUAUGCCUGGCAAAGAUGUGAUCUUAAUGCAUCCUACAUCCAUUAACCUGUUCAAUAUUGCUUAAAUUGUUCCAUGAGCAUACAAAAAAAUACAUACAACCACAAGGAUUAAUAUCUAAGUAAAACGUGUGAAAACUAGUGUCCAUCUUCCCUCUGGGAACCAAUUCCACU